AUGGAGGGUGCAUUGGUAUCUUGGAGAUUAAAAGCAUUUGAUCCACCGAACGCGAUGGCAGAAAUGAAUAGCUAUUACAAGUGGUGUAUGUUCUUUUUGUUGAUAAUAGGACUUUGGCCGCACAGUACAAAGAAAUUUCGGCUCUUACAUAAUGGCAUCAUCAGCUUCGUUACUUGUUUAUCUGUAAUUUGCCAGUUUGCAGUUUUCUUCAUUGCAGACAGAAGUCUGUUUCAGCAACUUAGAGACAUAUCAAUUGCAGCAAUGACAAUAGUCGUGUUUACAAAAUACCACACAUUCUGGUAUCACAUCAACGACUUAAAAGCAUUUCUAGAUGAAGUCAGACUAGAUUGGGAGACGAAUAACGUCGAGGUACUUCGAAUUAUGCAGAUCCACGCGUUUCAUGGAAAACGUCUCGUAAUAUAUUUUGCAGCUUAUUUAAAAUGUGUUACAGCAUUCUUUUAUCCAGGAAUGUUUAUAUUAAUACUAUACCAUAUUUCACCCAUUAUUUUGGAUAUAAUUGUGCCCUUAAAUGAAUCUCGCCCACUUGAGUUUCCAAUUCACAUCGAAUUCUUCAUUGAAAAAAAACAACAUCCUAUUUUGAACAUCAGUCUGGUUUAUCUAGCGAUAAUCAUGGAUAUAACCAUACUGGUUGGAACAGAAUCAAUCAUGAUUAUGUUCAGCUUGCAUGUCGCUGGUUCAUUUGGUAUUGCAAGGUUAGCCUGA